ACUGAGAUGUAGCUUAAAUCCAAUAAUAUAUUUAUUGAAUGUGUAUAUAUAUAUGUUUAUACAUGUUUUAUAGUUAUAUAUAUAUAUUUAUUUUAUUUCCUAAUGUGAUUAUGUGAUAUUAUUAUUUUUAUUCUAUGUAGAACAUAUUUAAAAGCAGGGUUCACAAUGUACACGGCAGGAAAACAUAAAAGAAAAAACAUGUACAGUAAAAGUGAAGUUUAAGUUUUUAUUUAUUAUUAUUAUUUAUGAUAAUGACAAUGACAACAUCUAUUGCCUCCACCAUCACUUCCUCCUCCAUUCUUUCCCCACUGCUGCUUCCUCUUUCUCCUCCUCCUUGUCCUCCUCUUUCCUACUGUCUUCAUCUUGGAACCAAAUGUUUUGGACAUGAUUUGGACACAGGUCUAAUGUCCAUUCCUUUUUUUGGCACAAGCAACUCCCUUCCUGUUGGUCUCUCAGUAGUCGUUUCUUUUCAGUAAUUUGACCAUGAAGUUGUUUGAUUUAUCAUGUCACCGCUGAAAAGUUAAUAAUGGAUUUGUGAUUUUUGAGACUGAAAUGAACUUAUUAUCUGCUGUGUUCACCUAUAUCUAUAUAAAGCCACUAUAACCAUAACCACAGCCACUGUUGUAUUUUCUGUAUUUUGUGACUGCAGUAAAUAUGUCUUAUGACUAACUUUUGGUACUAGGCUAAAUCUAAUGAAGCAAUACAGAUUCUAUAACGUUCUGCAUUAUUUUGUUUUUAUUUUAUUUAUUAUUUGCUACAGAGUGCUAAAGAGGAAGUGCCACUUCUUAUCAGAGUUAGAAAUUGUAGUUGCAGAGUUAAAAUGGACUGUACCAGGUUGACGUGAAAGGAUGCUGUCGAGUUGUGGUUAGUGUCACAUCUACGCACAGGAAAUAUUGCACAAGAGGAAUCAAAUAAGGAAUUAUCACAACGCAUAUAUGUCAUUACAAAAGAAUGUGAUGAUGAACAACCGACGUACAUUAUAAAAUGCUGUUCGUCAGUGUUUAAUCUGAAAUGCUAUAAUGAUGUAAAAAUUGUUUUUCUUGUGUUGGAUCCAGAAAAAAAAUGCUUCUACAAGAUACAAACCCGCUGUGUCUGUAGAGAUAAGUAAAUAAAGGCAGCAUUAAAAUAACCUGUUGACUGAGUUGACUGAUUUUUCUAUCGGUUAAUUAUUUGCAGAAUGUUUCUUACAGGAAAUGAGCAAACCUUCUUGGCGGUUGUGUUAAAUACAAACAGUAUCUUCAGUAUAAAUCUUCAUUUCAGUAGUUUGAAGCAUUUUUUUAAGUGGAAGUGACAAAGAGCAGGGUGACCUGUCAAAGGAGCCCAAUCUUCAUUGGUUUACCACCUUACUUUUUUCAUCAAAGGAUGCAGCUACGUUAGAGAUUAGAGAUUAGAGGUUCUUUAUCUUCAACGUUUUCACACGCCUCCUUUGAGAGCGGUGCAAACGUAUAAAUGGACUUAUGUGACUGAUUGUAUAACUAUAGGAAUCAGUCCUUGUCAUAUUUGAAAACCUGAGGAGAGUCAAGAUGAAAUACAGCGCAGGUUUUCUGAAAGUGGUGUGUACUUGGAUUGUAAUUCUGAUGCAUAGCUCGGAUGCAGGACCUGUACCAAAGAAACAUGUCGAUGCUGUUUCGUGUAGGCUGAGAGAGCUGACAGUCCUGACCAAAAAUCUAAUUGAGGCCAGCUUGACAAGUUUUGAUGCAGCCAAUGGGAACGACCUUGGCAAUUGGUCCUCAGGCUUCCCUGAGCUCCAGGUCCAACAAAACUCUUCUGUCGAUGGGUCAAAGGUUCAGUGCAGUCUCCACUUCAUGGCCGAAGGCCUGGAGAAAAUCCUUGAGGACCAGAAGAAUCACUUGAAUACAGAAGAUAUUUCACUCCACGAGAAGCUUAAGAACAGUAUUGCCAGGGUGAAAAUGCUUGCAGCAUGUAUGAAGGAAAGCCGUGGAGGGGAAUGCUCCCCAGAGCCAUCCCCACCCAUAAUGCCCAAGCAUGCGUUUGAUAGGAAGCAGUGGAGUCACACUCUGUUGCAGGCAGCCAGGGACUAUUUGGGCUGGUUGAAGCUCAAACUUGGGGUCCAAAUGUCAAAGGUCAAGCAGAAAAAUAAGAUACGUAUACGUACUGAUGCAACACAUCAGAGGUACUUCGAGGGGAGUGGACACCUAUUGUAAUGUUUCUGUAAUACAAGUAGAUCUCAGAUUGUGAUGGAGACAUGGUUACAGUUUAUGGCAGCUUUUUUUAAUGUUUUUUUCAUAUUUGUAAUGUAUACAGCAUGUUGACACACAGGAACAAAGUGUCUCGCUUUUUAUACUCUGUAGGUAUUAAUUGCUGAAUUUUGCACUGAAUUAAUUUUAACAGAUGGUCAGAAAAAAUUAUAAAAUUGCUAAUUUUUUUUUUUACAAUGUUGACCUGUUUGUCUAAAAGCUGCAUCAAAAAUGGCUUUGUUCAAAUAAACUUGAUACCUUUCACUAAA